AUGUUCCGUCUCAAAAAUCUUCUUGUUUUCCUCCUGGUGUUGGGGUUGUUCAUGCAGACUGCCCUGACAAAGCCCCAGGGUCCCACUUCCACUGAUGUUGCGAACAUCGAUGACAACUUGGACUCGCUCAAGGAUAGCCCUGUUGAAGGAACCCACGACCAGCCUACUGCCGACCACGAUGUCCCCUCUGUGUCCGAUGGAGCUGUCCCCGGUGACGACGUCCCUGAGGGCAACGGCCAGAGCAAGGUCCUAGGCCUGGGCGGAGGGCUCCUUCCGAUCUCACGUCCUGACACUUCUCGCGAUGAGUCCGCGGAAGAUGAUGGUCAGAGCGACGUUGCCGGUCUUGAAGCUGUUGACGGUUUGAACGCCACUGACAAUUUGAACACCACUGAUGAUUCGGAUCCCACUGAUGGUUUGGAUACCCCGGUUGAUCUGAACACCACUGAUGAUUCGGGUUCCAUUGGUGAUCUGGAUCCCACUGAUAAUCUGAACACCACCGAUGAUACGAACACCACCGAUGACUUGGAAACCCCUGUUGAUCUGAACGCCACUGAUGAUUCGAUCACCACUUCCGGUCUGAACCUCACCGAAGGUCCAAACAACCAGACCCUGAUCACCAUACCUCCCUUUCCUCCCCCGCAGUGCAAGGGAAUCUGCAACCUCAAGCACAAGUGCUACUGCUCCAAUACUGCUUUGACCCAUUGCCGUUGCCCCAGGAUUGGCUUCCCAUGCUCGUGCACACGCUACCUCGAUAGUCCAGCUGCCCGACUGGAAAGCGCGGACUCGAACACCACCUCGACCUCGAACACCACCUCGACCCUGAACACCACCUCGACCCUGAACACCACCCCGACUCUGACCAUUCGCGCGGCCUCGGAGACUGAUGAAGAAGGGUCGGACACCAACGAGGGUUCGGACACCAACGAGGGUUCGGACACCAACGAGCAGUUGGAUACCAUCGAGGAAGUGGAGAGCACCCCGGUGUCACAUCUCGCUCAAGCGUGUACCUGCAAAAGCAGUAGCAACUCCCUCCGACUUGUGAACUGA